CAUGAACGAGUAAAACGAAUCUUUUGCCUAAAAGCUUCAGCAGCAGUAUCUUAACUUGAGGGCCGGAUCGACAGUGACCUUGCUAGGCCUUCUCACCCCCGCAAAAACCACCCAACCACCGAAACGAACAGAAUUGGCCAAGGUCGCCCCCAAGAAACCCCAGGAAAGAUAGAGCCCAACCAUGACAUCGCCCCUCCCCUUGCUGCGUUCCUUCUCGACCGAAAACCAAAACCGGGACUGGUGCAAGCGAUUUUCGCUCCGAGUCAACCGGAAGACCGCCGGCACCGAUGGCAAGCUGGACUUUGCCACCAUCCGGAAGAACAAAUUCGCCCGUCGGUGUUCUUCGCUGCGGCAACAACCCACGGAAUCGGCCGCAGCAGGCUUGGGAGUGGCCGGAAACGGAGGCCCCCAGGGAACACAGUCGAGCCAGGUGACCCUGGAGCUGGAAAGUGCUGGCUCGCCCGCCCACUCGAUGACAAUCCACGAGAACAGCCCCAACAAGAAGCCCAAGUGGGAGGUGAUUGAGCACUUUAAAAGCACGGCACGGGGCCAGGAAUCGAUUAGCAGCAGCCUGAUUGCG